UUGGAGAUUGGAGAUUUGACAUGGGCAUACCUUAUCCCCCCAAUAGAUCUCUUCUACUCUUACUGGCCACAAUCUGCCCACGUCAGCCAAGAUAUAGCCUACACCAUCGGUCUCUCUUCCUCUUACCCCGUACCUCAUCAUCGAUCACACCCCUUUUUAACUGUAAAAACUACCAUAACCACCACCUCCUCUGCCUCACUCACAACCCCACAACCCCACCUCUGCCACCAUGGCUGCCUCUGCAGCUGCAGCCGUGAGCUCAUCUUUCUCACCCUCCAUCUACACCGUCAAAUGCCUACGAUCAUCCAAUCAAAUGUCCCCACUUGAUCAUCUCCACCUUAAAAUGGCCCCUACCCGGAUGCUUUCAUCUUCAUCUCUAUCAAACCCUUGUGCCAUAGAACCCCUACUUUCGAUCAAUGCCGGUUCGAACAAGUUUCGCGUGCUGAGGGUAAGUACUGCCGUGGCUCAAGAAGAGGUGGCGGUGACUGAUGAGAUUGAGCAAGUGGCCUCAUUGGCUGAGGAGGAGCAGCAGGAAGAAAAGAAAGCAGAGGAGCAGGUGGUGUCCGCAGGUGAUGAAGAGUUGGCAGGAGAAGCGGCAGCUGAAGUUUCAGGUGGAGGAGAUGAGGGUGAGGAGGCUGUUGCUGUGAACACAAAGCUUUACUUUGGGAACCUUCCUUAUAGCGUUGACAGUGCCCAGCUUGCUGGGAUAAUUCAGGACUAUGGAAGUCCAGAGCUGAUUGAGGUUCUCUAUCAUAGGGACACUGGAAAAAGCAGAGGAUUCGCAUUCGUUACGAUGAGCACUGUUGAAGAUUGUAAUGCUGUCAUUGAAAAUCUUGAUGGACGUGAAUUCAUGGGGCGAACCUUGAGGGUGAACUUAGCGGACAAGCCAAGACCGAAAUUACCUCUAUAUCCUGAAACUGAGUUCAAGCUUUUUGUAGGGAAUUUAUCCUGGUCAGUCACAUCUGAAAGCUUGACGAAAGCUUUUCAAGAAUAUGGAAGUGUGGUUGGAGCCAGGGUGCUAUAUGAUGGGGAGACAGGAAGGUCCCGUGGCUAUGGAUUUGUAUGCUACUCAACGAAGUCAGAGAUGGACACUGCCUUAGAAUCUCUCGAUGGAGCGGUACUAUGAGUCCCAUCCACCUCUACACAUAUAAGAACUAGAAGGAAGAGCACUGCGCGUAAGCUUGGCUGAAGGGAAACGUUCAUAAACAUUAACAGUGUAAAUUUGGAAACAGGGUUAAUUGGAAAUGUUGGCUGAGGUAUUCACACCAGUGACUUGAUUGGAGCUCCCCUUUCCAUCUCUUGUUGUUUUUUGUAACUCUCUUUUUUUUCAUCCCACGACUCUUCCGGAAAUUCCUGGAGGAUAUGACUGUUUUUGGCAAUGAUAAUGGUGAUUUUGCUGCCUAAUCGAUCUGCUAAAUUAAUACAAAGAAGUAUUUGUGUA